GGGCCUAAGGGGAAGAAAACCGCCGCGGAGGGCGCUGGGGGCCGGCGGCCGCGGUGCAAGAGGCGGCAACCGGACGGCGACGCGGAGUUGGCGCGCCCGGGGUCCGGCUUCAGCCUCUGAGGGGAGAUGAAUACGGCCGACAAGGCCCGGGUGGGGCCCGCGGCCGACCGGCCUGCGCCGCAGGAAGAAGAGGGCGAGGCGGGCGGGAAGGGGCCGGUGGCGGACCCGGCCCCCGGGCCCAGCGCCGCGUUCCGCCUCCUGGUGACUCGGCGGGAGCCGGCCGUGAGGCUGCAGUAUGCGGUGAGCGGCCUGGAGCCGCUGGCGUGGUCCGAGGACCACCGCGUGUCGGUGUCCACCGCCCGUAGCAUCGCUGUGCUGGAGCUCAUCUGCGACGUGCACAACCCGGGCCAGGACCUGGUUAUCCACCGCACCUCCGUGCCCGCGCCUCUCAACAGCUGCCUCCUCAAAGUUGGCUCAAAAACAGAAGUUGCUGAGUGCAAGGAGAAAUUUGCCACCUCUAAGGACCCCACAAUCAGUCAGACGUUCAUGCUGGAUAGGGUGUUCAACCCUGAGGGGAAGGCUCUGCCCCCGCUGAGAGGGUUCAAGUACACCAGCUGGUCCCCCAUGGGUUGUGACGCGAACGGCAGGUGCCUCUUGGCAGCACUGACCAUGGACAACCGCCUGACCGUCCAGGCCAACCUCAACAGACUGCAGUGGGUCCAGCUGGCCGACCUGACGGAGAUUUACGGGGAACGCCUUUACGAGACCAGUUACAGGUUCUCUAAAAGUGAGGCCCCGCAGGGGAGCCUCGGCGAUUUUGCUGAGUUUCAGAGGAGGCACAGCAUGCAGACCCCCGUCAGGAUGGAGUGGUCGGGCAUCUGCACCACGCAGCAGGUCAAGCACAACAACGAGUGCCGCGACGUGGGCAGCGUGCUCCUGGCAGUCCUCUUCGAAAACGGCAACAUCGCCGUGUGGCAGUUCCAGCUCCCGUUUGUAGGAAAGGAGUCUAUCUCUUCGUGCAACACGAUUGAGUCAGGAAUCACCUCUCCUAGCGUUUUGUUUUGGUGGGAGUACGAGCACAGCAACCGGAAAAUGAGCGGCCUUAUUGUGGGGAGUGCUUUCGGACCUGUAAAAAUUCUUCCCGUCAACCUCAAAGCCGUCAAGGGCUACUUCACCUUGAGGCAGCCCGUCGUCUUGUGGAAGGAAAUGGACCAGCUGCCGGUUCACAGCAUCAAGUGCGUGCCGCUCUAUCACCCCUACCAGAAGUGUAGCUGUAGCCUCGUGGUGGCCGCGAGAGGAUCCUACGUGUUUUGGUGUCUUCUUCUCAUCUCCAAAGCGGGUCUGAAUGUUCACAAUUCCCACGUCACAGGCCUCCACUCGCUGCCCAUCGUCUCCAUGACGGCGGACAAGCAGAACGGGACGGUCUACACCUGCUCCAGUGACGGGAAGGUGCGGCAGCUGAUUCCCAUCUUCACGGACGUGGCCUUGAAGUUCGAACACCAGCUGAUUAAGCUGGCGGACGUAUUCGGCUCCGUGAGGACACACGGGAUCGCAGUGAGCCCCUGCGGCGCGUACCUGGCCGUCAUUACAACGGAGGGCAUGGUCAACGGCCUCCACCCCGUGAACAAAAACUACCAGGUUCAGUUCGUGACCCUCAAAACCUUUGAGGAGGCAGCGGCUCAGCUUCUGGAAUCUUCAGUUCAGAAUCUCUUUAAGCAGGUUGAUUUAAUAGACCUGGUGCGCUGGAAGAUUUUAAAAGAUAAACACAUCCCGCAGUUUUUACAAGAGGCUUUGGAAAAAAAGAUGGAAAGCAGCGGGGCCACCUAUUAUUGGCGUUUCAAACUCUUCCUCCUGAGGAUUUUGUAUCAGUCGAUGCAGAAAACUCCAGAAGCCUUAUGGAAACCCACCCACGAGGACUCGAAAAUCUUACUCGUUGACUCACCUGGGAUGGGCAACGCCGAGGACGAACAGCAAGACGAAGGCACGUCCUCCAAACCGGUGAACAAGCCAGGCCUCCAGGAGCGGAGCAAAGAAGGAGACGCAGAGGACGCGGCGGCGGCGGCGGCGGAGUCGCCCACUCAGGCCGGGGACACCGGAGGCCGCGAGCCCAUGGAGGAGAAGCUCCUCGAGAUCCAAGGGAAGAUCGAAGCUGUGGAAAUGCACCUGACCCGGGAGCACAUGAAGCGCGUCCUGGGCGAAGUCUACCUGCACACCUGGAUCACAGAAAACACUAGCAUCCCCACCAGGGGACUCUGCAACUUCUUAAUGUCGGAUGAAGAGUACGACGACCGGACAGCCCGGGUGCUCAUCGGACACAUCUCCAAGAAGAUGAACAAGCAGACGUUCCCUGAGCACUGCAGCUUGUGUAAAGAGAUCCUGCCCUUCACAGAUCGCAAGCAGGCCGUCUGCUCCAAUGGCCACAUUUGGCUCCGGUGCUUUUUAACCUACCAGUCCUGCCAGAGUUUGAUAUACAGAAGGUGUUUGCUCCAUGACAGCAUUGCCCGCCACCCAGCUCCAGAAGAUCCUGACUGGAUUAAGAGGUUACUGCAAAGCCCCUGCCCCUUCUGCGAUUCUCCUGUCUUCUGACACCAGCGACGGGAGGAUGGAAGGGCGUGCGCUGUGGCCUGAGAGCCGGGCCGCGCUGGAGUACGCCCGGCCUCGGCGCGGAGAGCACGCUUCAUGCCUGCAAGCGGGCCCGGGGACGCCCUGUCCCGGGACUAAGGGGCGUCUUUAAAGUGACCGAGUGCAGAGGUUCCAGGCCAUCCUGAGAUGCGCGUCAGCCCUGCUCCUCCCCCAGGGAGGAGCCUCUCUCCUCAAGCCUCUGGAGCGAAGCCCCGUCGCCCUCAGGACAGAGCGCCCGCCCGCCGGGGAGGAGGCCUGAGGGCCUGGCGGGCUCGGGCUUUCAUCCUGGCCCGGGUCCGGGGCUGCGCGUGGCUCCGGGGCUCCAGUGACCUGGCGCGCGGUGUGCAGUGUCCCAGCGGACGGUAAAUGCCUGAAGUGGCACGCGGGCCUGACUCUUCUCAGCGAAGAGCUGCGGGUCUGCAUCCCGCCAGUCACUGUUCAUGCGUAUUGGAAACAUUUUCUUAAAACUAUAUAUUUUUCAGAAGUUGAAGCCAAGACUAAAGUUGGUUUUAGUGUUUCCAAAACCAGCUGACUCUUGUAAGUUAAUAAUUGCUAUUUUUAAUGACCUCUCCCACGGCAUCAGGUGUCCUGCCCCACUCCUGUGUGUGUGUACACGCCAGGUACCCCCUCACCUGCGUCACAUUGCUCUUCAGCCUCACGGUGACGACCAGGUGGCCUCUUUGUACAAAGAGGAAAAAGAAUGCCUUCUCCUUUUAGUAUUACAUUAAAACACUUAGUAUUUUAACGUUGGCAUUUCCAGACAUCUCAUUCUAUUCCCGAGUCUGUCUAGAGACCUCCAGAAGUGUGGACGCUUGUGCUCCGUUGUUACGGGUGCACCUCAGUUGUUGGAAGCCUGGGAGUUCUUCUCUGCAAAGGUGCUUGAUGGUUAUGACAGGUAUUUUUCCCUGGGCUGCUAAGAGGAGGUAUGAGGCAUUAAUUGCUGUUAACGCCUAAAGUUCAAAGUAGACAUUCUAGAACCACAGAGUUCUUGGAUUUUUACAACAGGUGUCCUAGAGCUCGGUGCUAAUUAGGGCUGUAAUGCACACACCUUGAAAUGGUGCAUGUUUUGGAGGCUGGAUAGGAAAUACAAAUGUGAACUUCUGACCCGUAUUACGUGCUGUCUGUUUUGCCUUUACUUUACCACUUACUCCUGCUUUUAUUUUUGUCUCCUCAGUAAAAGACAUUUCUGUCCUCACGUAAGCAACACUUGCUCUGUGGAGAGCCUGUCGGGGGACGCACGCCUGGGGUGUCCCCACCCCUCUCUGUUGGUGUCGCUGGGAGAUAGGGGCACCCCCACACAGCCUGCUUUGAAAUGUCUUUUGUUUCCCAUUCACGUCUUUGUUUUUGUCUCCUAUGUUUAAUUCUGCAUUUCUGUUGCCGUGUAUUUUGCUGGCGUCUUCUGCUUGGACCCUUCUCAUUUCGGUGGUGCUUUCAAGAGGCUCCAGCAUGUUAAACUGAUUGUCACGAAAGAGAACUGGGCAGCAUUAAAAUCAUGAAGAACACAACUCAGAAAGUUGUGUAGUCGUGGUGGUUUGUGCCUAGAGCUGUUUCACUUUACAGUGAAUGUGACAGUAAAAGCGGAGACCCUGUCAAGGAAUUACCGCAGCUUCCUAAUCAUAGCAUGUUUAGUUUCACUGAUGUUUUUGUUCCUAAUCAGAGAGAAUAAUUGAUUUUUUUUUUCUUAUGAGGGAAUUUUGUGCUGCUGCCAUUUAAAACUUAAGUUUUUAUUUAAAGCAAUUAUGCCCUUGACGGGAAAAUCUGGCUCUGAGAAGUUAACUGAAACAAGUCUCCCAGAUCCUGGGUGUGUCUGUAGGAAUAAACACGGCAACUGUUUUACUGAAGGUGGCUUCUGUGUGCAGGGCACUGGGCCCAGGGGCGGUCCUUAGGCCUGUGAAAUCCAGCCAACACCUGCCCCGGCCCAGAUCCUGCAUGCCGAGCUGGGACCCCCCCACCCCCCGGCCCCCAGCAUCUUCUUUGGAGGUUAAUCCAUGGACCUGUGAGAACAAGAGAGCGUUUGAAGUUCGUGGCAGCGUCACAAGCACAGUGCACUUCCAAGUGUCACUGGGGGUCAGCACCCCUGGUGACAGAGUGCUGACUAGAGAGACCCUGGGGUGUGGGAGUGACUCCGGGAACCCGCAGACUCAUCGUCUCCCCUGGUCUACGCCUGCCGUACCCUCCAUACUCUCCUAAACUUUGCCCGGUCUCUUGGGUGGAUGCCAGGCUGACUUCAGCUGUCACUGCUGCACGGGUGUGGACCAGAUGGCAGAGUGACGGAGCUGAGGUGCGACACUGCUGCUCUCGGGGGUCUGAUGUCCACACUGGUAUCAUGUUUCCUCCGUCCGGGGCUAAUGUGUUCCUGUUCCUCUAGGUAAGAAGUGGAUAGCUCGUUACACGUGGUAUUCACUCUGAAAUCCUCAUUUGUCCGCCGCCCAGACUCCAAGCCAUCUCUGCCUACUCUUGUAAAGGCCGAAACGACCGAUAAUUUUUCAGCAUCAGAAGUUAGUAGAACCCCUGGCGAAUCUCAUGGUUGAGUGGGACAUUCUGCUUCUCCCGCUAAGAAAUUUUUGAGGAUGUUAACAUUGGAGUGUGUGUGUCAGAUCUGUUAGCAGGCUUCACCAGUUAACUCGGCUAAAGGGGCGUGAAAGGGUAAGACUUCAAGGUUAAAACAUAUGCUCUCGCCGCUGUGAUGGCGUCAGAUAAGAUGCAGAGGAUCAGGGGCCCUGUCAGUCUUGUUGAGAGGAUGGGCACCUGCUCCCUGGUAGCACUGACACCGCGUCGGGCUUUGCCGAACGGCCGGGGCUCCCGGGAAGCAAGCGGGAAUCAGCAUCACUGUCUGAUUCCCCAGGUCCCGCACCCUCUCUGCUCCUGCCGGGAGAGCGAGGUCCCCUCUGUUCCCCACUUUGGUUCCCUCAGCUUUAGGACACCUUCUAAGCCAGCAGAUCCCAUGUUUGAAAGGAAAGUAGGUUUGUGAUAAAAUGUCUAAGUCACAUGGCAGGCCUGCCUUCCUACAAGGAACCAUUAAACAGUGGCUUUUCUUUCUAAAGGUGACGGCUUUAGCUCCUACCAGCCUGGUAACUGUCUGGUCGUCUUCGCCUCCCCUGUGGAGUGUCGGCAUCCCUGUCUGAUUGCAGACCGCAGCGCCCGGCCCCACCGCCCCGCUCCCCCCGGCCGCUUACGCCUGACCGGCCAAACUUCCCGUCACAGUCGCAGUCUCCGCAGGCCUGAGUUUUUUAAGGGAAGGAUCAGUCCUGUCCUUUUCCUUUGCAGAGACUGAGCCGCACAGACAGCACAUAGCCAGACCCGCGCAUCUCUCUGCAGGCGGCCCCGCAGACCAUGGAGUCUGCAGGCGUCCGGCCCGAGGGGGACACAGCUGUGCCCUCUGGCGGGGGGGGGGGGGGGGGGAGUCUAGCAGUUGUCUCAGCUGCGCAGCUGCUCCCCCAAGGCUGCCGGCUUGUAGACGCGCCUCUCCCGGGUCCAGCUGAAGUGUCUGCACUCGCUGUUAGUGGAAGUAUCAGUGGGCAGCUUCAAGCAGAAUUUUAGGCCAUGUCUCAAGUCUCAGUUAUUAAGCUUUGACCUGCUCUCUCUUGACACUAAGAGAGGUUUCUGGAGCUGAGCUCUUCAUGACAUCGGCUGUUCAAACUGAUUUUAGAGCGUGGGCGAUUUGACCGUCCUUGGGCUGAGUUAAGUCACAUCUGCAGAAUUGCCUCUAAUGAUCUCUCUCGCCACGGCAUCGUGAGCCUGAUGACCAGCAGGGCUUGCAGAAGCUGCGGGCUUGUUUCCAUGGCACAGGUCACCUCAGUAUCACGACGUCCUGGCUGGUCCGAGUCUAGUGAACAGGGUGCAGCCUCCCACCUGCUGUACGGUUUCAGACGGCUGUCUCUGACAACGUGCCGUGGCGAGCAAUAAAUGUACCUGUUUCAAGACCUGAAUCCUUUCGGAAUAAAUAUUUCUCCCCCAGCCUCUUAAUCUGAUCAGGUGACCAGCUUCUCUUGCCUUGCAUUUUCUCUAGGUUGUAGCUGUUCGGGGGGGGGAGACGUCACACACAGGCUGAAGUCCUAGUCAGGGAGCUGGUUUAGUGACAUGUUUCGUGAUCUCCCAGCAGGAUGUUCACUCACUGGUUCUGGGCUUGCGAGGAGCUGAGAGGGAAGGAAGGGACUCCCAUUCUGGUGCGCAGGGCGGAGGCGCAGGCUCUCCAACCGGAACACUGUAAGUGGACUGGGUAGAAUUGCAUUUCAGGGCUCUAAAUCGUGCAGCUGUUUCUAAGGGAGACACUGCUUUACCUUGCUAACCGUGUCUCUCUUUAGUUUCAUUAAAAGAGCCUGGGAAACGGUCACCUGGGUGCUAUAAGAGGCCGCGGCUUAGAAGUAUUUCAUGCUUUAUGAAUUUGACCUUUGGCUAACAGACUGGUGAGGUUUAGAAUGCUUUGUCUUGGGUACUGAGGCAAAAAAAAAAAGUAAAUGCAAAAAUGAAUUAUGUCUUUUUCAAGACUUCGACUCAGAUGUGUGCUUCAGUGUGUGAGAGGAAGUGACGCUGGACCUUGUGUAUACAGAAAAAAGGCUGUAUAGGAAGACAGGUCUGUGUUGGGUAGGGUGACAUCUGCUUGACGCCUGCCCAGCGCCUGUGCCUGCCUCUGUGCCGGGCUUCAGAGUAGGUGUUUACAUAAAACAUUUGUUUGAAAUAAAAAGGACAGGCACCUAAAAACUGAAGGUUCUAGAGAGGAGAUGGUUUUUUAAUUCUUAUUAUCUGAUUAGGCGGUGUGUUUUAGACUUUUAGUGUGUACCUUGUUUAAAACUUUAACAAUAAUAGCACAUUUCGCGUGGAAUCCCCCAUCCGGAAGAACUGGCUGCCCCUCUGCAUUGCACCCGUGUAGGUAGCGUUUCGUCACUAGAUUGUAAGCUCCUCAAGGGCAGGAAGUGUCUCUCUGUCUCACCUCGGCGGUUCCUGCAGCAUCUGAUGUCAAGUGCCUUGCACAGAGUAGGUGCUCGUGACGCAGAGGACGAGUGAGGGACGUCCUGCCACCUCUAAGAUGAGCGUGUUCAAAACUGCCGGCACCAAGGGCGGGAAGAGGGCGCAGCUCUUUGCUGGGCGUGACCUGGGCCUCCUGGGUUGAAGCACCUGCUCAGCACAGUUCUCCUCUUCCCUGAAGAGAAACCCGUGUCCCAAGCUUCCUUCUGAUACUGGGGCAGUUUGAAGUGGGAAAGGUUAGAGAGGAGAUGAAGUGGGAAUUUUGGAGAGUGUUUGUCAGAUGCAGCCCUCCGGGGCAGUCCUUAAGGAACAGGUAGCAGGUCCUCUUUCUUUACAGGUAGCUGGUUGGCCAGUUUUUCAGUUUAUAAGCGAUCCCUGCUUUUUCCAGUCUGGAUUCCCCUCAAUUGCUCUUAGGAUUCUCGUACUUAGAGUCUAUUGAAGUUGCUGUGAUUAUCCAGUGCUGUACAUAAGGGCCAUUUUGUACAUGUGAAAUAACCUCAAUUAUGUUGUGUUUUGUAUGCAGAGCCAAUAGUAUUGUUAUCUUGGCCACUUUUUUAUUCAAAAAUAAAUAAAUAACCGAAUUAUUUGUA